UCGGACCUCAGUUGUAACCUUAAAAAAAUGGCAUUAGUUACCUUUUACAAAUAUGACAGGCUAAAAUUUUAAAACUAGAUAUUGAAAAUCCCGUUGAUCCUGUGCCAUGUUCAAAAAAAGCUGCACCGAUCUGACGAAAAUUCCGAAGGAACAGGUCCUCAAGUGGGUUAAAAACAUCGAGACCAUCAUCUGCGAUGCAGACGGAGUCCUGUGGCACUUUACUAAGGCCAUCGAUGGAGCACCAGAAGUCUUUAAACGCGUUACGGAAUCGGGACGAAAUCUAUUCAUCGUAACCAAUAACUCGUCGAUGCCAUCAGAGGCCUUUGCCAAAAGAGCUCAGGGACUCGGCUUCAUGAUAGAUGAGGAUCAUUGCAGGACGUCCUCCACAUCGAUUGCCAAUUUUCUCAAGAACAAGGGCAUGCGGAGGAAGGUAUUCGUAAUGGGUGAAAUAGGAAUUCGUGCGGAGCUGGAUAAAGUCGGCAUAGCCCAUAUGGAGGUGGACGAAAAGCUGGAUAAAUCGAUGUAUGAGUUUGCCAAAGAACUUGAGAUAGAUCCUGACGUGGGGGCUGUGGUUAUUGGCAGGGAUGAGCGCUACAAUAUGGCCCGCUUGAUCCGGACCAGCGCCUACUUGAGAAAUCCAGAUGUUAUAGUCGUAGGAACCAGCAUGGAUGCUGCCUAUCCAUUUGACGAACAUAGAAAGGUGAUUGUGGGUGCCAGUGCCAUGAUGACAUCAGUGAGGGCUCUCAGCGGACGCCAACCCCUGAUCCUGGGCAAACCCAAUCCCUGGAUAUUGGACCCUCUACUAAAGUGUGGCGUUAUCAAGCCGGAUACCACUCUAAUGGUGGGCGAUACAAUGACAGCGGAUAUGAAGUUUGCGCACAACUGCGGUUUCCACAGUCUACUUGUUGGAACAGGAGUUCACAGUUUCGAAGACGCUCAGAAGAUUAAGGAUAGCGGCGACAAGAAGAAAAAAUCUUUUAUACCGGACACCUAUCUGCCAAGUUUUGGUCAUCUUUUGGAGUUUCUCACCUAAAGUUCGUGUCUGUUAGUCGCAGGCAAAUUGUAAAUUAGCAUUUAUUUUGAUUCCUGCAUAAUAUCAAUACUUAGCACUAAA